AAAGUAGAAAACGGGAGGGAUCGGGUGUGCUUCUGCUUUGGAAAUGUUGUUCUGUGUCAAGAUUCUGCUGCCCUUGUUGUUCUUGAGAUCGAUCGCUCCUCACUGUCGUCCAAAACCAACCAAAUACUUGGGUGGUUUUGCAGGAGGAGGAUCUAUGAAUGAAGGGCUAGGGUGAUAGUUAGUGACUAUGGAAUUUGACUUUGACAAAUACUGUGUUAUAGAUGGGAGUCCUACUACUGUGCUUCCAGCUCCACGACGUCGUUCUAGAAAAUCGAAUAGUAGGCCCAAAUGUGGGAAUGAGCUGCGUAGCCUCAAUAAAGAGUUCACUGAGAUUAGGCUUAGUCGUUACCGUAGUGCAUCGUGUAGAGAUGUCCCAAAAAUACCUCAGGAACGUUAUCAUCAACUGCUGAAGCGUGGCUCGGUGUAUCAGAGCUCAAAAGAAGUGGGAUUACUGAGGAGAAAUGAUGAUGUUGUUCCAAGGAAAAAGAUUGAGUUUUCAAGAGGGACAUUCUCUGUUGGAAUCAUUGAUUCGUUGUGUAGUUUGGAUGAAGAAAGUCCCUUAGAAGAACGAGGUGUGUCCCUCUCCAAGCAAAGUACUAGCUCCUCUUGUAAGAACCACCAAGAGUUGCACUCUCGUAGCUCAAUACAACGGUCUUUUGAUCCUAUUCACGAAAGAACUGCCUUGAAGAAACCUUCUUCCUCGUGUAAAAGCAAGAAGAAGCAAUCCGGUUCUGCAGUUGAUGAAACGGAUGAUGAUAAGAGUUUUCAAGGGAGAGGUACUUUUCACAAGUCAUUAUCUGCGAAAUUGGCUUUGCCUCAUUCUCCUCCUCAUUUAGAUAGUGAUGGCUCAAAAGCCAGCAGCACGAGGGGCCAACGUUAUCCUGUCCUCAAAAUGUUUGAUCGAUUUGUUAAAUCCAAAUCUCAUAGAAGUCCUUUGAGUUGUGCCAAGGAAACUAGCUCCGAGGAAGUUUAUGGGAGGGACAUUGGUGUGAAUUGCAACGAAACCUUUUGUAGAUCUUUGCAGACUGAUUUAUCAAACAAUGUUGGAAUUGGAGAUAACUCUCAGCUUGAAAAGAAAGAUGUUCACAACCCACUUCCCCCGUCCUCUACUGCACACCUCCGUGGCCUUCUCAAGAUGGAACGGAAGCAAGGGAUGCUGUUCUUCGAAUUCUCAGUGAAUUCGCCAGAAGAUGUCUACGUUGCAAACACGCGCAAGGUGGAUAACCCUCUAACUCAGGCCUACACGUUCCACUCACUUCAUCACAGGAGGAGCAAUUCUAGUGCUUGGGGAUUUCAAGAAAACAACAAAGAAUCAUCUAUGGUUGGACAAAUGCUGGUAUCAUGCUAUCUAUGUACAGAGUUGAAAGGUGUUGGAGCUUAUGAUGAUUCUAUGGUGACAGAGUUUGUGUUAUAUGAUGUUUCCCAUUCGCGAAGAAGUGUUUCCUCCCAAGAUAGCUCUUGCUGCUCGCCUGACCUCGCUAAACUACCCCUAGUUUCUGAUGAGGAAACGCCAGCCAAGACAAAGAAUAAAGGGCAAUCCAAGCAUUCCCGCAACAGUGGUCAGUAUGAACCUUCUCAACCCGUGGCAGCAGUUGAAUUGCAUCCGGGGCUAGAAAUCGCAGCAAUCAUUAUGCAAGUUCCAUUUGAGAAGAGAGAGAGUUUCAAAUUCAAGAGUGGGGAUGGGCCACUUUUGAACAUGAUAGACCUUUGCCAGCUUGAGCAGGAGCACGAUGUGGACUCAACAAACACUAUGAAUCCGGGGAAGGUGCACGUUGUGAUCCCAGCAGGAAAUCACAGUUUCCCAAAUGCUGAAAGCUGUGGCCCUUCACCAUUGCUCAAUAGAUGGAAGCUAGGCGGAGGAUGUGACUGCGGUGGAUGGGACAUGGCAUGCCCCCUCAAUGUCUGUGGGAACCCAAAUCUUCAGAUUGCUGAGGGCCAGCCCCUCAUUGACGCUCACCAUUCCCCACAACUUUUUAUCCAGGGAAGAAAAGAUGAAGCACCGGCGUUCACAAUUAAGGAAGUCAAGGAAGGGAAAUACGCGGUUGAUUUCCAUGCACAGUUGUCCUCUCUCCAAGCAUUCUCCAUCUGUGUUGCCAUUCUGCACGCUGCAGAUGCUGGACACGAGAGGAGCGAGCAAAUGCUGCAGAGCGACUCUCUGAGGGUGUUCGCAGAGGAGGAAAUAAAGCAUCUCAUAGAUGCAAUAUCAGAGGAAGAGAAAUUCAAGAUGGAGCCAUCCUUUGUGAUGAAUCCACCGUUCUCUCCAAUCGCACGAGCAUAGGCUAGUGCAACGAACCACAAGAGAUGGUUCGCAUCAACGGAUGCUGUGGUAGCCUCAUUAGGCCGAGACAAUUUUCCAAAAAUAUACCCUACUAUUUAUAUUGGUAGCUUCAUUAGGUAGAGUCAUUUGUAUUCUUUGAUGUUGUAGUCUAGUGAUGAAGGCAAGUUUACUCACGGAAGGUUACCUCAUUUGUACCUACCUAUAGAAUAAAUGAAGCAGCCCUUGUACUUUCUUAUC